GUGAUCUCAAAGACAUGAAGACGUACAAGCAGGGUGACUGAAUAACAAACAGACAGACACACACGGACAGAGAGGCACAGAGGGGAGAGAGCACGAGAGACGGCGAAAGAGACGGGGUUCCUCCACAGAUAUGGAAACUUCCGCUCGACUGGGUCAUCGGCAGGCAGCAAGCGCCGAAGGACCUGAAUUACUCAUCUUUCCCCUUUCCCGUGGCUGCCAGCUCCGCGCGGGCGUGGCGUGCGCGUGGGCGUCGGGCGGGCGUCGGGCGCGGCGUCGGGCGAGGCGCGGCGGCCCUGGAGGCGUGCGUGGAGGGCUUCCCGCUGGGCGACGGCACGUGGCACACGGUGCGCCUCGAGCGCCACGGACACAACCUGCUCGUGGCGGUCGACGACGGCGACGGCUGGCGGAGGAACGAGAGCCUGGCGUCCUUCCUCACGAGCGCCCACGCGGGCGACAUGCGGCCGCUGCUCGAGGGCACGCCCAUGCCCAUCAUGGUGGACAAGCAGGACUGCUGCGUCGUGGGCGGCCAGCCGGAGUUCGAGGGCGAGGUGCUCGUCGCCGUCAACGAUGACCUCAGGGAAAGCUGCGUGGACGACCUCCGCGUCUCCGGCCACGCGAUACCACUCUCAGUCCUGCAGAACGACACCCGGUGGGGUCAGGUGAUUAACCAACAGCAGGUAGAGAAAGGCUGCCCAUCUCCUGACCUGUGUACCAACGCCACCUGUGCCCCACCUCUCAGCUGUCACAACACCUGGGCUCAUGCAGCGUGCAGCUGCGGCGCGGGGCGGCACCUGGUGGGGCGUGUGUGCCGGGACGUGGACGAGUGCCAGUUCGACCCCUGCCUCCACGGGGGGACCUGCUACAACUCUGACCCGGGGUACCAGUGUGCGUGCGCGCCCUCGUUCGCCGGGGAUAACUGCCAGUGGGCUAAGCUGCCUCCUCACGCCCAUUCCAUCACGCCGCCCAUGAUCAUCGCGGCCAUAGCCCUUUCCUCCAUUCUUAUGGGUUAG